GCUGCAUACAAGUGUGCAAAGAUAGAUACUGCCUACAAAAACGACAUCAUGCUGCAAUUUGGCAAUAAGCUUAGGAUGUUCGUUAAUUUAGUGACACAGCAAAAAGACAGAACAGCGGCAAGAAGAAAAAUAUUAAAAAAGCAAAAAAUGGCUGAAGAAGAGAUUAAAAAAGUCAUUAAAAACAAGAUAACACAACCUUGCACUCAAUUGAAGUUAUCAGUUGCUUCAGGAAAUAUCCAAAAUUUAUCUGUGGAUCACGAUCACACACAUACGAGAUUUUUUUUUGGCACUUAUAGUUCACAAUAUAAAUUCAAGAACAACGACAUUUAUUAUGACUGCAAAGCGAAUCCUAUUGCAUAUUAUAAAUUAGCUGACUCGUGUGAAAGUUUAGAAUCCAAAUCAUUUGCAUGCUUCCCAUUGAGGCGAACUCAUACAUCAUGUUAUGUCAAGAACCCUCGACCGCAUAUUCAAGGCAAGUAUCCAGUAGUUGAGUGCCACGGCCUGUUACGGUAA